CCAACAUCGCCUUGACCUCAAUCAUGGGUGCGCCUUACGGCUCAAAGUCGAAGGCCAGUUUCUUGUUCCCAACGAGAACUGUAGCACCAAUGCGUCCAACCUCCUUCUGCAGCAUGCCACCCAUCUUGUCCCCCGUCUUCUCUGGUCUCCACACAGCGAUGACCACCUGUCCCCAAGCUCACUCAGCCCCAGCACUGCCGAUAACAGCCCCGGACAUCAAUAGCAAAAAUUUCAGUGACAUUGCAGUGAAUCGUUCUACAGCAGGGCCGGCUGCUCAGAGGCUCAAUUGAAUGUCUGUCGUAAGCGAGUCACCUGGUUAGCAGGCCGUCCAGUCGCCGUAGCAAUAGAGACCGGCGAUGAAGUACUUGCGCACGCGAAGGCAAUACCGGAAUCUUGCUACAUGGGGAACAUGCCGG